UACUAGCAUACUGCAGUGAGAUCAUUCUGUGAAAAUCAACAGUAUUUGAUUAUGACGUCUUACGUCUUGAAUUCCAUAUUCGCAAAAGUAUCGCCCUUUUGACCAAAUUUUUAUUCCCGUAUCCAUAAUCUUUUUGUAUAGAUUGAAGAAUAAGCCCAAAAACAAUCAAUUUAGCACGAAAUCAUGCGCACCUCAACUCCUAUCGAUUGUGUGAAACCACGGCAAACAAUAUCGAUCCAACAAACCGACAAGUUUUCACUUCCAUCGUGACCAAAAUGUCCUACCUUUGCCUGGGUCCGAUAAGUGCAGGAAAAACGCUUUUGCUCACCUGUCUCCAGAAACCGGACUCGGUAACUUUCACCUCGCACUCAGUGCCCAGUGUCGGUACUAAUUUGUUCACCAUCAAAAUACCACCAAUAGUGAUCGACGAGAAGGAAAUAAAUGUGAAACCAGCACGACCAGCUCGCAAGCGGGACGUCGUACAGGUUCGUGAAGUCGGUGGAUGCCUAGCCCCGAUCUGGAGGGAUUAUCUGAACCAACCAGUCGAUCGGAUCAUCUACGUGGUGGACACAUCGAAUCUAUGCCAAAUUUCCGCAGCUGGUGUUUUGCUUUACUCCAUGCUUGCUGAACCGAGAUUACAAAAAGCGAAGUUUUUGUUGGUACUCUCCAAAAUGGAUUUAGCCUAUCGUCAGAUGCGAAAUGAGGCGCUGUUGAUGCUACAGAUGGAGAAAUUCAAAAAGCAGAUUCCUCAGGAAAUAACCAUUGUGGAGUUCAGUGCGAUUAACAAGGAUGGAAUCGAUUCUAUCUAUGAUUGGUUGGGUGCGUAACCACAGGUUAACAUAUUAGCUCUAUUUUUGUUUUUACAUAAGAUUAAAUAAACGUUGAUAUAAAUGUUCAA